UGUAGCGUUUGCCCUUCUGUCAGUUCAACGUUAGUUUACUAACGGAGGGGCUGACGUGGAAUUUUAUUUUGCUUUUCCUAUUUGCCACGUGGAUUUUAAUUACUGAAUAACAAAAAAAAAAGAAAAAAGAGGGGCACGUGCUAAUCACGUGCCUGUUAACCCUAAAUCCCCAAUUUGGGGAUAAAUCCCCAAAUUAGAAACACAGAGGGAAAGGGACCUCAACAAAUCGCGAAAGGGAAAGGGAAAGACGAAGAAGAGGAGCGACGAAGAACACGAGCACGAGAGCUCAACAAAUCGCGAAAGGGAAAGGGAAAGACGAAGAAGAGGAGCGACGAAGAACACGAGCACGAGAGCUCAACAAAUCGCGAAAGGGAAAGGGAGAAGGCUAAGGGCUCGAGACGAAGAAGAGGCAUACAUGGGUGGGGAAAGCCAUUUCUCUGGAGGGAGCUCUGUUUCCAGUGGCUACGGUCGAAGGAGGAACGUUGUUUUGUGCAAGUGUGGAGAAGUUGCCCCGGUUGUGACUACUUGGACGAACGAGAACGGAAAUAUUGGUAGGCGGUUCUAUGGAUGUGGCAGGUUUAAGGAACAGAACAGGAGGCACUGUGAUUUCUUCCAGUGGUAUGAUGAGUUGGAGGGUAACCCGCGUGACAAGAAAAUAAUUGCAGGCUUGUUGCGUAGAGUAGAUGAGAUGAAGAAGAACCAAGCAAUGUUGAUCAAGUGUUGUGUGCUGGGAUGGUCUGUAGCUGUGUUCCUGUUGAUUGUAUGUGCAAUUCUAAUGGUGAAAAUGAUGAAGUAGAAUUAGGGUGAGAGGAUGAUGUAGUAGAAGUAGGAGAGG